UCGAAGACGCUGCAGGCACAGGUGGACCAGGAGCAGGCGAAGAAGUGUUCGCUGUCCUCUGAACUGGGUCUGGCCAACUCGGAGGUGGCGCACCUGCGCGCGCGCGAACUGCAACUGACUCGCGAGGUGCAACAGUUGCGCGAGGCCAAGCGAGUCAUCGAGGACGAGAUGCAUCGACUCAAGACACAGCACUCGGUCGACGACCUCCAGAUGAAGGAGCUGCACGAUCAGCUGGAGACUGAGCAGCAUUUCUCUGUGAGUUGCUGCUUCAUACCUCCAAUAAUUGGUGUCGUUGUACAAGACCAAGCCGAGGAGCUGAAGGAGGAGGCUGAGGAGAGGUCGCGAUCCGUUCUGGAGCUGGAGGAGGAGAGGAGCAGCCUGGCACACCAGCUGCAGAUCGCGUUGGCGCGUGCGGACAGCGAGGCGCUCGCCAGGUCGAUUGCCGAGGAGACGGUCGGCGACCUCGAAAAGGAGAAGACCAUCAAGGAGUUGGAGCUCAAAGACUUGCAUGCCCGCCACAGAGCUGACAUGGCGGCCUUGGACUCCAAUUUGGUUAAGUUGAAGGAGAGAGAGACUGAAAACAAGAAGACCAUCGAUCAACUAAUGAAAGACAAAGAAGACCUAAGUCACCAAAUGAAAUUGAUGCAAGAAGAUGUGCGAUCAGCGGCCGGCUCUGUGGAGGAAUUGGAGCGCCUGCGCAACAACUGAAACAGGAGCAGAUGCUGAAGGCGCAGGCUGUCAAC